UGAGAGAGCCCGGGAGGAGGAAGAGGAGGAGAAGAGGAGGACUGCUGGGUUGCUUGGGACCCAGGCUCGCCAAGCCAAAGCCUGCGCUCCAUUUUGCAGCGGGCGCCUGGCCCGACUUCCCCGCUGGGGCAUCGGCUGCAGCGUCUUACUCCCGGCCCCGCGCCAGCCGGGGCUACAAGCCCGGACACCACCCGCGCCUCUGUCUGGAGCCGGAGCCGGAGCGCACCGCCUGCCUGUUCCCCCAGCCCUGGGUUCUGGAUCCCGGGUGCGGCUCGCCAGCUCCGUGCCGGGGACGUCGCCGUGCGUCCCUGACCUAAGGCUGCUCUUCUGCCCCAGGCACCCGAGCCACAACUCUGCCUGAGCUUCGAUACGCGCCCACUGCCCUCGCCCCGUGUACCGGAGCCCGGGCGCUGCCAGCCUCUGCCCACGUGCGAGCGACCCAGGAAGCUGUGCGAUCCCGGGCGCAGCUUGCGCCUCCAGUCGAGUGCCGGUCGGCCCCCUGGAAGCAGUCGCCUGGGUCAGAAUUUGGACAGACCCCUCCGCACCCUCGUUCCCGGACCGCCGCCUAGUUUGAACUUGUUCGGACUCCGGCCGCCUCCUUGUUCUAGGCGAAUCCGAACCCAGACACCGCUACCACUGCUUGGCCCCCGUUGAUUUGGCAUUUCAGCUAGCUGGAAGCCAGGACCCCACCCGCUGCCCUGUCCCAGGGCACCAUCCUCUCCCAUAGCCAGCGUCCUUGGUCCGUCUCCCCGAGGGCACAGUGGUUGCAGCGGGCUUUGCUCCCGGUCCUCGCCCUCUGGAAGUCUACGCUGUAUGUGCCGGGGAGGCUGCAGGCGGGCCGGGCCCUAGUCCUCGGGAGAGGAGAAGAGCAGAGGCCGACUGGGCUGGUGAUUUCCGCCCCCCCUCCCCCAGGUGCCCUGGGCUUGGGCUAGGUGAGCCCUCAGCACCGAACACUGCACGGAACCCUACAGGAGCGCGGGACAAAGCAGGAAACACCCCGGGAAGAAGUGACAUCUGUGAGGUGGCUGUGCCUCCUGCAAAGGAGGUGCCCUUGGGCAGUGGAACUUUGGACAACAGCUGGGACAGGCCUUCGAACUACAGGUCAAUUUGAGAGCUGCCUCUGGAGGCCCUCAGCCUUGUUAUUCAGGGGCCCUUCUGCAUUAAGGGUGCACGGAGGCUGGAUGGGGCUCUGAGGACGAGUCCCCGGGGCUGCGGGCGAGAGGAUGGUGAGACAUCAGCCCUUACAGUAUUACGAGCCCCAGCUCUGCCUGUCAUGCCUCACUGGGAUCUAUGGUUGCCGAUGGAAACGGUACCAGCGGUCACAUGAUGACACUACUCCAUGGGAACGUCUCUGGUUCCUGAUUCUCAUCUUCACCUUCUUUCUCACCCUGACCUGGUUCUAUUUCUGGUGGGAAGUUGACAAUGACUACAAUGAAUUCAACUGGUUCCUCUAUAACCGGAUGGGAUACUGGAGUGACUGGUCCAUUCCUAUCCUUUUGACCACUGCCACUGGCUUCACGUACAUCACAGGAUUGUUGAUCCUGGCCCUCUGUCACAUUGUUGUGGGACAGCAGAUGCACCUUCACUGGCUUCACAAGGUAGCACUGACCAUGGCCUUGAUUGCAACCCUCGUGGCGGUGUCCUCUGUAGCCCAGCUCUGGGAUGAUGAGUGGGCUGUGCUGCUAAUAUCAUUGCAGGGUACAGCCCCAUUUCUGCACAUCGGGGCCCUGAUAGCUGUAACCACUCUCUCCUGGAUUGUGGCAGGCCAGUUUGCGAGAGCUGAAAAAGUCUCCUCACAGAUGGUCAUCUUCACUGCCUACUUCGCAGUGGUGUUUGUGCUCUACCUGAUCCCCCUCACCAUCUCCUCCCCCUGCAUCAUGGAGAAGAAAGACCUGGGCCCUAAGCCUGCCAUCAUUGGCCACCGAGGAGCGCCCAUGCUGGCUCCAGAACAUACAUUGAUGUCCUUCCAGAAGGCCAGGGAGCAGAAGCUCUAUGGGGUCCAAGUUGAUGUGACCAUCAGCCUGGAUGGCAUUCCAUUCCUCAUGCAUGACACUACACUUCGCCGCACAACCAAUGUGGAUGAAGCCCUCCCAGAGCUGGCCCGACGCCCUGCCUCCAUGUCCAACUGGACUGACCUAAAGCAGCUCAACGCGGGAGAAUGGUUCCUCAAGACCGACCCCUUCUGGACUGUGCACUCACUGUCAGCCUCCGACUACAGGGAAGCACAGAACCAGUCCAUCUGCAAAUUGACUGACCUCUUGGAAGUGGCCAAAGGGAACAUGACCCUGCUGCUCAACCUUUGGGAUCUGCCCCAUGACCACCCCUACAGAGGCACCUUCUUCAAUAUCACUCUGGAUGCUAUCCUCCGCUCUGGCCACCCACAACACCUGGUUAUGUGGCUGCCCAGCAGACAAAGGCCAUUGGUAGAGAAAGUAGCCCCAGGCUUCCAGCAGACCUCAGACAUCAAAGAGACAGUUGCCAGUCUGCGACGUGAGCACAUUCAGAAACUGAACUUACGCUACACUCAGGUCUCCAGCCAGCUCAUUAGGGACUGCUCUGCGUGGAACCUGAGCGUGAACCUCUACACGGUCAACGAGGCCUGGCUCUUCUCUCUCCUGUGGUGCUCAGGCGUCCAGUCCGUCACGUCUGACAACCCCCAAACCCUGUCCAAGGUGCCUUCCCCCGUCUGGAUCAUGGCCCCGGACGAGUACUGUCUCAUCUGGAUCACAGCUGACUUGAUCUCCUUCACACUCAUCGUGGGCAUUUUCGUACUUCAGAAGUGGCGACUGGGCAGCAUCCGGACCUACAACCCAGAGCAGAUCAUGCUCAGUGCAGCCGUGCGUAGGACCAGCCGUGAUGUCAAGAUCAUGAAAGAGAAGUUGAUCUUUUCAGAAAUCAGCGAUGGUGUAGAGAACACGGAUGAUCUCUCCAUGUGUUCCGAAAAUGGCUUUUCCAAUGAUGUCCUCACCCCCGUGGAGCCCAAGACACGCCCUGGCAGAGGAGGACGCUAACCCUGAAAGAUCCAGUGUCCCCAAUCCAUUCCUACCCUUCCAGCCAAGCAUGGGAAGGGCCACUGGGCCCCAUGGCCUGGCCUGUAAAUAUGUAGAAAGCCCUCUGAGAGCUGGUAGUGUGUGUAGGAAGUUGGGGUGCAAGGCAGAGACCAGCAGAAAGUACCCCAUGCAGGUCCCCAGACUGGCUCCAGUGGGGACAUCAAUGUGACAUGGAGAGACAGUUGUCAAGAUGCCUUCCCCAACCCCUCAGCUCUGCCUUCACCCACAUUCUCAAUUACCACCAACCCUGUUAGGGUCCUCUUUGGCCAAGCACCUCAUCCCUGUAUAUGUUCUGGGUGGUCAGAAUCAAGAGCCAAGCUGACCUUGGCCGUGGUCAUAGAGGGAGGCUAUGGUCCCUAUGGGAGGGAACCCUUCCUAUUAGGAGGUGCUUGGUUCCAGAACUCCUGGGAAGAGCAGAGCCCACAGUAGUCACUGCCCCCAGCUGCUAUGAAGAUGGGGGUGGGGGGAAUUCGGGAAACUCAGUGCUCCUUGUCAACCCCAUGUGGGGGAAGCUAAGAGGAAACCCCAGACAGGAGCUGACUCUUCCUUCCCCAUGCCCCAAGCAGAGAUGUUUCCUCAGUCAGCUCUGCCACCACAGUGGAACUACAGUACAAAAGGGUCCAGUGGUCAGGACCACCUGGGACUCUUCCAAACCACAGAGAGGACCGUACGUGUGUAAGAUGUCUGUCUGUGCGCAUGAAUGAAAUUCAUUUUUUUUUAAUUUUUAAAUAUGGCCUACAGGGGUAAUGGGCCCCUCUCUGAUGAGUGCUGAUAACAGCUCCAAUCACCAUGUAAAUAUGGAAGCACAUGUGGUAUUACUCCCUGAAGAAUCACUUAUUUAACAAGAAGAGAAAUGCCCUGUU